AUGGCGGAAAACGAACAGGCGCAGCAUAUUGCGGCUCUUACGCAACGCACACAGGAGUUCGGCAUCAACGACGAAGAAGACGUCUGUUUUGCACCGGUUGAGGUGGGGGGAGAUAAGGGAGGCGACGAGCCACCGGUUCAGACCUGGAGUGUCGUAGGCAGGUUUCUCACGGCACGCCUGAUUAAACUGGAGUAUAUGAGGCAAGUUUUGGCAUCCGUCUGGCAACCGGUGAUGGGAGUUACGGUAACGGAAAUCAAUAAGGGCUUGUUUUUAUUCAUUUUCUUUCACAAAACGGAUGUUGAUUAUGUUCUGAAUGGUGGUCCGUGGGCAUUUGAGAAUAGCACGCUGGUAUGCCGCAUGGUGGAGGAUGGAGUAUUGCCGGUUGAUGUUGAAUUGAACACUGUUGAUAUGUGGGUGCAACUUCAUGAUGUCCCUAUGGGUUAUACAUCUCUACCAAUGCUUGAGCAGAUGGGGAAUUUUAUUGGAACUUUUGUUAAGCAUGAUGAAAGGUUUGUGGGGGCGCCUUGGCUAGCAUUCUAUCGGAUCCGUGUUUCGAUCCCGCUGGAUAAGCCUUUACGAAGACGUAUGAAGUUGUUGAAACGGGACAAGACUACUUGUUGGAUUAACUUCAGGUAUGAACGGUUGCAUUCAUUCUGUUUCUUUUGUGGGCUCUUGGGGCAUACGUACAAAUUCUGUGUCAAAGCCCGAGUCUCUACGGUACCGGUUCAUCUUUACCCGUAUAAUGCGGAAUUGAGAGUCGGGGGAGGCCGUGGGCCGAGGGAGGUGGGGGAGAGCUGGUUGGUCCCAGUGGAGGGACGACCAAGGGUAGCCGAGGGGGUACGGGAUGAGGGAGGCCGGAAGGGUGGUGUGGUGGGAGAGGGCAUGGCACGGCCGGUUGUAGUUGAUGAAGCCGAGGAGCCGGUGGAGGUGGUUUCGAAAAGAAGAAGGGAAGGGGGGUAUGAGGGGGAAAGGCGGGGUGAUGGUCAGGACACUACCAUGGCAGAUGUGUCAAAAAACUUGUUUAUGGCGGGUGCUGGUUCCCAGACCCGCCCAGCAUCAUGA